GACCAAUAUGGGGUGGUCGGCACACGCCGGGCUUUACGCAACACCUGCGGGCCAGCAGUGCCCGCUCUGCGCGGCGCGGCGGCCUGGGUCGCAGCUGCGAGCGGCCGCCGCGACUGGGACCGGGUCCGGGAGCGACGGCGGAUGCCCUGCUCUCGUCUGCGCCAGUGCCGGUCGGGCGGUGUGAGGGGUGGGACGUCGACCACACGAGCGGAGAGAACGGCAGACCGACGCGACGGAUACAGGACAGAGGAGAGAGGGAGGAGAGGAGCGGCCACAGAAGCGUCUGAGGUGGCCGCAGCGGAGCCACCAUGCCGGCGCACCGCAACCCAGCGUUCUCGGCCGACCCCGUCACGGAGACGCCCGCUGACCUAGAGAUGACCUCGCCCGGGGUCGAGGGCAGGCGUCUCUGUGUGCUCGGAUCCGGAGACUUUGGCAGGGCGAUUGCGCGCAGGGCUGUCCUGAGUGGAUUUGCCGUCAAAAUCGGCACUAGGAGCAAGGAGAAGCAGGAGGACCUGCUGCGUCUGAUUGAGGCCACCGGAGCGUCCGUCACCACUCAGGCCGACGCCGUCAACUCGUCCGAGUUGGUGGUGGUGUGCAUCUCUCGCCGCUUCUACGACAGCCUGCCGCUGCAGCUGCUGGCCAACAAGGUGCUCAUCGACGUCAGCAACCCGGAUGAUGCCGUCAGAAAGAGUCCGAUUUCGAACGCCGAGUAUCUGCAGCAGCUGGUGCCGUCGGCUCUGGUGGUGAAGGCCCUGAACAUCCUCUCGGCCUACAGUCUGGAGACGGGAGGCAUGCAGGGCAGCAAGGAGGUUCCCAUCGCGACCGAUUCGGAUAUCGGCCGUGCCAAGGUCACGCAGUUGGUUCGUGACAUGGGAUUCACCCCUGUCGACCUGGGGCCGCUCCGACAGUCGCGCUACAUCGAGGCCGUGCCCAUGGAGUUCUUCAACAGCUGGCGCGGCGCCUUCAUCGUCGUAUCCGUCCUGUUUCUCGUCGGAUAUGUGCUCAAUUUUAUCAAGUUUCAACUGUGCCACAACAUGACCAAGAACAAGACGUGGGACUGGUCCGUCUUCAAACAGAUCCUGAUGACCAACUUCAACCGGAACCUCGGAGUGGUCGCCCUCACCACCCUCGGAGCAAUCUACUUGGCCGGUAUAAUCGCUGGCUUCAUGCAGCUGUACCGUGGCACAAAGUACAGUCGCUUCCCCCGCUGGCUAGACAACUGGCUCAGAAUGCGGAAGCAGCUGGGUCUGCUGAUGCUGGCAAUGGGAGCGACGCACGGCUGCAUGUCACUGGGCAUCUACCAUCCGCAUCAUCAGUACGACUGGCUGUUCGAGCCGCCGAAAACUAUCCGUGCUGAGGUCAAAAUAAACGGCACGUUCGAGAUUCAGGAGAUUCCCCUCUGGCGCCACGACCCCAACUGGAGGGGAGAGGUCUUCCUGACCCUAGGCGCAGUAACUCUGUGUCUGCUGGCCAUCCUCGGCAUCGCCUCCCUUCCGUCCGUCACCGAUCGGCUCACCUGGCGAGAGUUCGCCUUCAUACAGUCCAAGCUCGGGUGGACGGCCCUCGUGGCUGGCUCCCUGCAUAACCUCGUGCUCGGCUGGGACUACAUGCUCAAAGCGUACGACUGCUACUUUCCUACAGGACUCCAGUACGCACUCUACCUCCCUCUGCUGUGCUUGAUUGGCAAGCUGGUGCUACUGGUUCCCCGGGUGAACCGGCGUCUGAUGGAUAUCCGAUCUGGAGAGGUCAAGCAGCCACUCAGGAGGGCAGCCAGGAAACGAGUGUCAGCGGCUUAGAACAUGGUGUCUGUAAAGGACGGUGGUGGUUUGAGUGAGCCACGGCUCUUGUAAAGUGAGUUUCAAAGAGUGAUGAGUGUGAGCCAGUGAGAGAGAACUGCCAAUGCAGGACCGGAGCAGCCUGCAGCUUCUUGGAUGUGGUGUAGUUUUUUUUAGAGGGCUUGGUAUGUAAGAAUACGUAGCUGAUUGUUUAGUAUUUAUUCAACAUCGUUUAAUUUGAGCUGAAAACGCACAGUUGCUGCAGAACGUAUUAUUUCCUCCUUUCUUCCAGAUCUGUUAUAGCCUUAGCUUUUUUAGUUCUUAUAAGAUUUAUACAUUUUAAUUACAUUAAUAUCUUGGAAGUAUAUAUUUUUAUAGCGUAAUUUUGAUAGGGACUUGGCGACACAUCUGUGAACUUUUCUAGCUGGACAUCGACUCUUGCUCGUUCUAAAUGUAUUUUUAAGCAAACAUUGUUCGGGGAUGCCUUAGCACGGCUCAAUAUCAUGAACAAUCGUGUCUGUAUAGGUCAUGCUUGACGUGUAUUGAAAUACAUAAGUAAAAAUUG